GGUGGAACCGGCCCGGCAAGACGUGUCCGAGGCGCUGCGUUGGCCGACGUUACGCGAACCGACACUCGCCAACAGAACCCCCCUCCCCUCCCAUCUCCUCCCCCUGGAAAGAAAACCAUAAUGUGAAAUGGGUUGAGCGAACCCCCCAUUAGUGGGGUUGUCAGCCAAAUGUGCUGACUCUUCAGUUUUCUUUGGCCAGAGACGAGCUUUUAGACCCCCCAAAAAAAGAAAGAAAAAAAAAGUGCAGGAGUCCAAUUCGAAAUUGCAUCGAAUAGUUUUUAGCUUUAGCGUAAAGUUUUGUACGAGUGCGGUUUCCGUGUGCGUGCGUGCGUGUGUGCGUUAUUUUUUACCGGGUUCGUCCAAAGUUGAACUGAGAAGAAUAAUACCAACGCAACUGAUUAUUUCCAAGCAAGCGAGAAGUUUCUCACUGAUAAUUAUCGCGAAGCCCUUACGCGUAGCAUGUUUUACCAAGAGUGAUCAUGGAGCCAUAAGUGUGGUCGUCGUUCGAGAGAGAGAGUCUGUAGUGAAACUAAUGUAGAUUUUGUUAGUUGUAAAGAGAUUAAAGUGAACUGUUGAACUUUUGUGUCAAGUAAAAUGUUAUAUAUAGUGUUACUGUGUUAAGUGAUGUGUGCAUCAAUGUCGAUUACCCAGAUAUAUGUAUUCACCGUAGGAAUCUUAGAUGUCUUUGUUAAUUAAUUAAGGAAGAAAAAUAAAUAGUAUCUACAAAUAGAAGCUUCAAACCCACAAAUUUUUUCCUUUUGUGUAAUCAACUAAUCAUAUCGUUGUUAUGCUACCGAGUCUAUGAACCUUAAACCACAAAUUGAUUUCCGACUGCGAGAAAACCAAUUUUUCCCCAAAAAGAAAGAAAAUUAAGAAGUUAAAUUAAGAAAUUAGAUGAAUUCAUUUAGGUGAAGUAUAUUAGCUUGUCGUCUUUGUGAGUGUGUUUUUCCGUGGUUAUUCGUUGUAUUGUUUCGAUCGAUAAUCGGUGAUAAUUUAAAAAAAAUAAAUAGAUAUUGAAAUUUAGUAUUGAGUUUGAUUCUAAGUCUGAUGGAAGCAAAGUGAUUUUAAUGAUAAGGAAGAAAAUAGUUAUAUCAAAGGCUUCGACGAAUUAUUGAAAAUGUUGUGUUUGUACUAAUACUCCACUUACGCCAUACAAAGGUUUGUAACAUUGUUGCUGUUAUUAUCGAGAUAUUAUAAAGUCUAUAUGUACGUAUAUAUUAGAAAAAGAAUGUUAAGAAAUUCAUGAAAGAGUCAGAUAUAUGUAUUAAUAACACAAACUGUUAGAUAUUGUUAAAAAUAUAUAUAACAUAUAUAUUGAUUUUUAGCAAUUGUCAAAAUAUUGAUCGAAGAGAAAAAAAAAUCUUCGAAAUAUAUCGAAUCAAAAUAUUAUCAAGGUUGUACUUUAGCCGAUAGUUGGAUGAAGUAAAAUUAUAACAAGCGAUAACAGGAAAGCGAUAUCUCAGUAAAGAGAACCGAGGAACCGGGUGAAUCAAGAAGAAAACAGAGGGAAGAAAUAGAGAAGAUAGGUGAAUGAAUUAAUUGAAAAGGAGACGUUGCAGCAGGAGAAUAACUAAGAGCUCCUUUGCGUGCAUCACCUCUUCUCAUCGGGCAUAAGACACAGGGCUUGGAAACGAAUAAGGAGGAACGCCCAUGGCAACAACUGCUCGCUAAUUUAGGGUGACACCGUCUCCACCUCUUCCUCCACCUCCCACUCAGUCGUCAACCCGGCGGAUAUAUGAACACAUUCACACUCCCUUAGUUGCUCUUCUUCGUCUCUCCUCGCCUUCCUUUCGAUGUCAUCAUGGCAUAUGUGAAAUGAGAGAGAAUUAUAGGGCCCGUAACUGUCGAUACGUCGGUCAUCCUGUCAGCCACUCCUCCCGCCCAGAUCGACAUUUAGAGUACAAUAUCGAGAAACGAGAACUGGUGGGUUUUCCUCUGAAAUCCUUCAGAUCCCUUCACACCGCCGGAGUAGUUCCUUAGUAUCCACUGCUUUAGCCAAGACCCUGAAGAACUUAGCUUAAUCUGUGACACUGCCUUUCCCCCAAAGAAAAGAAGAUGACCCUGAUACUUCCUUAAUUCUUAAUGAGUGCCUAUAGUUGUAUUCAUCACUUGUAGCGUUGCUUGCGUAGCAGUGUAUGACAGGACUUACAAAAGGACCGGAGGUCGACUCUUAAAGAAAACCAUAUAUGGUAAGAAUAUAAAUUGCUUUGGCCGCUCUACUGUUGUACUGCUUGCCAAAAAGAGGAUGAAAAUGUGAAAACAAAUCAAAUCUUGACCAAGGAAAAAAGGAGAAGACUUUCAGUGGAGUUCUUGUCUUGAUAUAUUAUAAAGGGCUCUCAUAAUAAAUUCUGAAUCAAAAUUAUAAGGCUUUGGAGUCAGUGUUUCGCAUGCAUGCUUUGAAACAAAAAGAUAGAAGUGUUUAGAAGUUGAAGCUACUUGGAAAUCGUCCUAAAAGUUCUUUCAACAUAUGUUUUACCCUAAACCUACUGGAAUGUAUACAAUAAGAUUAAAAGUAAUCAUUAGAACAUCGAAUAUUAGUGCAUUUUAUCUAGAUGAUAAUAAAACACAAGCAAUAAACAUUUGAUUUCAUGUCUGCUUAGAGCUACAACAAAUUUCAAUAAUUACAACCAAGUGAAAUAAAUUUUUCAACGGAACUCAGUCACACAGUGAACUAAAUUCUCUAGGAGGAAUUAUUGUAUUGUUACGUCAUUCGUCGAAAUAAGGAAAUUAGUACCCCGAGUCUUUGGAAAUUUUGUGCCAUUAGGAAAUAAGAAGUCUUAAGAUAAGAACAUUCCAACUUCCCUGUUUCGUUUUUGUGGUGUCCCUUCAAAAUCUGUGAAAGAAGGAAAGGUCUGUUUAGCUCUAGAAAUAGAAUCUCGAAGUCAGAGAUCAUAAAAUUUAAAAUAAAUUUAAGCAAAUAAAAAAGUCUGAAAGCCAGAGUUUUCUUACAUGUGUUCAGUUUGAGUGGUCCCUUCAUCUGACGUUCUGUUUCGUGCAUCGUAUCUGACGAGGGUCGAUUGAAUCCCUCACCAAAAGGCAAAGGACACCGAAAGGCGGAAGCAAAAGCAAUGAAAGCAAGGAGGAGCUAAUAUUCCAAUGAUCCAAUCUACUCCUCGGCCGUGAAUCAAGACUACCAACCCGAACCUGAUUUAUGGGCCGUCGUUCACCCGAUUCCAGUGACUCAAUGGAGCCAUAGGAAGAACCAAUGACCUUGCUCAUUUGGCCAAUGACCUUGUUCACUGGACCAAGACAACGAGAUUGCCAAACUUCUUCCACCGCCUCCCAGCGCCCCGCCGAUCGCGGCAGCUGUCACUGGGAGAAAGUCUAAGCUUGCGUCGCUGGGAUAAAUCCUAUACCGUGAAGUGCCCUCGAAGGAACAGACUUAUGAAUUCUGUUAGCCAUGCGGUACCCCAGGAGGUGGUUGACGCUAUGGACGUGGCUCUGCCUCGGAUGUAUCGCCAUGAACGCGGACGGCAUUUCUGACACGAUAACGGAAGAAGAAGUGUUGGUCAUGGUGGAAGGGGUAGAAGGGGAGAGUGCCUCGUUGCCCUGUGACCUUAACCCAACCGACCCGCAGGAUAAGGUUAACCUGAUCCUCUGGUAUAAGGAUGAGGAUAAAGACCCUAUUUACAGCUACGACGCCAGGCUGGCCGUAUUCGACAGCGAUAGGCACCACCUGAAGGACCUGCGACUGAAAGGAAGGGUCAGCUUCAAUCCUUCUCCCGGGCCACCCGUACCCCACACCCUCACCCUGGGCAGGCUUUCCAUCAGCGACCGAGGGAUAUACAGAUGUCGCGUGGAUUUCAUGAGAGCCCAGUCGAGGACGGUGGGAGCCGAACUACGGGUCGUGGCACCCGUAGAUUCGCUCAUCAUCACGGAUGGCGAGGGCCAGCCCGUGCCACCGGUCCUGUCCCCCAUCGCCGAAGGAGGGACACUCAACAUCACUUGCACUGCCAAAGGGGGUCGUCCACAGCCGAAAGUUUCGUGGUGGUUCGGAGAAUCGGUCAUCGACGACUCCUGGUCGGCGGAAUCAACCGGAAUAGUGACCAACACCUUGGUUUUGAGUCCCCUGACCCGCGCGCAUGCGCACUCGGUUCUCGUCUGCAAGGCUGCCACUGCAACUGUAGCUGUGACGACAGCGACAGUCACCAUUGACAUGUACCUCCGACCUCUGUCAGUUGAACUGACGGGAGCGGCAGUGACAGGUUCCGUACGUGCCGGGGACAUGCUCGACCUGACCUGUACGGCCAGAGGAUCUAGACCGCAGCCUGUAAUCUCGUGGUAUAAAGGAGCCAACCUCAUCCAUUCAGAGAAUACAGAUAAGAAAGCCGUAACGGGCGUAGGAGGAGUCAGCCAAGUGAGGGAACAAGUGAGCAGGAGAGACAACGGCGCCAGAGUGACAUGCAGGGUGAUGAAUCCUGCUCUGCCUCGCCAUACUUUACAAGAACACAUUGUCAUCAACGUUACAUACCCACCCGAAGUGGAAUUACGCCUGGGGGCGCCUCUGAAGGGAUCGGUCGUGAAGGAGAACUCAAACCUGUAUCUCACCUGUCACGUCGAUGCCAAUCCACCGCCUCACACGCUCGUCUUCAUGCAUCAGGGCCAGAAAGUCACCGCAGACAAAGGAGGAAGAGUUUUGAUCAACGGCAACAACUUGGUUAUGAACAAGGUGAAAAGAAAUCAAGCCGGCGAGUAUUCCUGCGCAGCCAUCAACUCCCAGGGAAACGCCACCAGUUCUCCGCUCAACGUCACCGUUCUCUACGCCCCCGUGUGCGCCAGUUCGAAAGACGUCUGGGCCGAGCCCGGCAAGACCAUCACCACCCAGUGCCACGUGCAGGCUUCGCCCAUGAAGCCCCUUUACUUUUCUUGGGUCUGGAUGACCAACUCCGAAUCCAGGAGGAUCAUCCCGUCCCACGUCAGCUCCGAGGGGUCAUCCUCGACGGUGACCUUUACGGUGCCCAAGGAUAACCUGACCGAGGUUGGCUCCAACAAGCAGCUGGGCGUGUUGCAGUGCUGGGCGGAAAACACUGUGGGCCGCCAAGACGCCCCUUGUGUUAUCUCCGUCAGGAAACCUUCAGCCCCUGCUGCGCCCAGAAACUGCACAAGGCAGGACUCCGGUCGUGAGGUGGUGACGGUGAACUGCCAGCCGAGUGAAUCCUCCACGUCGAUGCCCCACACAUACCGAUUGCAGGUGUACCAGGUGUACGAUGGACAGAAGAGGAAGCUUAUUCACAAUGUUUCAAGUAGUCGUCCCAGGUUUACUGUGAGAGGGCUGAUGUCUGGCCAGGACUACGCCUUGUACGUUUCGUCCCACACGUCCUUUGGCAGGAGUCCCUAUCACCUCGUGGAGUCCUUCACCUACAAAGCAGCAGAAAACCGUAUGCUAGGAAGUGAGGAUUCCAUGCCGUCGCUCUCCACCAUCAUCAUGUUCGUGGGGGGCGUGGCCGCCAUCGUCGCCAUCGUCGUCAUCUUCAUCAUCACCGUCAGAAUUAAAAUGAGGAAAGCGAGCCACAAGUGUAUUCGUCGUACUGCCACUGCCACUGAUUCUGUUAUACCGAAGAAACCACCAUCCCUAGAGGGCAUUACUGCAGCUGCCAGUUCAAGUGCCCUUCCAACUUUCCAAGAAUCCUCUUCUGUGAAAAGGGAUUCUCUUCAUCCUAAGGAUGCUCUCCAGCUUCAGUCAUCCCAUAUGAAAGAAACAUCUCCCUCCUCCUUCGCGCAUCACACCUCUCACUCCUCACAAACACCUCACACCAAAGAAGCUAUUCCACUCCAGCCCAUCAUCCGCCAGCCUUCCAAGACACUGCAACCGAUCAUCAAGGAGAACGGUCGCUCUGAGAAGAGUUCUCAGGGCAGGACUGUCCUGUUUGUGGAGCCACCGAAGGCUCAAAGUGGUAUUUUGGUGAACAAAAGUGAAGUGCCAAGAAACUCUUAUGAUGUAUAUCCUGGCAGGAGAAGAGCCAUGAAAGAUCCCAAUGGGGACGUCAAGCACUCCCCUUACAUUCACCGUGGUUCUUACUCGGACAUGCGCACAUCCUACGGUGCGGAUCAUGAUCCCCUCUCUAGAUAUCAUGAGAUGGAGUUGCCUCCCAGGCGAUACAGGUCUUUGGACGAUGGGGAAGACUGUAGGGGCAUUAUGAAUCGCCAGUAUUCACCAAACUCAUCCGUGCAGAGGGACUUGGACUAUUAUCCUCCCUACCAUAGCAGCAUGAUCACUUCCCCUCCUUAUUCAGCAAGGGACUUUUCUAACAGAGAUUUUAGGGAAUACGGCAGGGAUCCUAGGAGAGAAAUGAGAGAACACAGAGCGCUUACAAGAGAAUCUAGUAGGGAUCACCCUAGGGACAUUAUAAGGGAAAGGGACCGCGACAGGGACAGGGAUAUGGGAAGGGACAGGGAUCUAGGAAGGGACAGGGAUAUGGGAAGGGACAGGGAUAUGGGAAGGGACAGAGAUCUAGGAAGGGACAGGGAUCUCGGAAGGGACCGUGACAGGGACAGGGAUAGGGAUCAGGGACAUGUCUUUGCCUUCCCCUCUCGUAUUGGCAGUGGCGACUACGACCAGCCGACCUCAAUCAUGAAAAGGUCUCCGAGUAUGAGUGCCUCUGUAGGUCGUCACUACGAAAAGCCAAUGCGACGUUCUGAUGGAGGGGGGACGUACAGAUCCUUACCACGUCCCUCGAAGUCCCGCGGAGAAGCGGAGGAGGAAGUUCUUAGGAAGUACCGCUCACUUGAUCGUCGCUUUGACCUACCCUUCAGUGGUUCACUCCCUCGGCCCGAACCGGAACCCGAACCUUGCGAGGACCCUCCUCAGCAUCAGCGCCGUUACAGCGGUUCCCCACGGCUCCGGUUCGCUGAUGAGAAGCACUUUCACUUGUACCACGACAAAGAGAAAAAACAAAGUGGUGUGAAUGAUAGAGAUGAGAGUUUUAUAUAAAAGAAGUUUUAUGAAAUACAUGUUUUUAUUGGUGUG